CACGGAGCCGGCCAGCAGCAGCGGCGGCGGCGCCCCAGGGACCAGCGCCCAGGGUCGGCCUGGGGUAUUGGCAGCUGGCAGGAGCCCUCCUGGCUCCGACCUCCACCCCCGGCGCGGAAGAUGCCUGAGCAGAGCAAUGACUACCGGGUGGUGGUGUUUGGUGCGGGCGGCGUGGGCAAGAGCUCGCUGGUGCUGCGCUUCGUGAAGGGCACAUUUCGAGACACCUACAUCCCCACCAUCGAGGACACCUACCGGCAGGUGAUCAGCUGCGACAAGAGCGUGUGCACGCUGCAGAUCACCGACACCACCGGCAGCCACCAGUUCCCGGCCAUGCAGCGGCUGUCCAUCUCCAAGGGCCACGCCUUCAUCCUGGUCUUCUCCGUCACCAGCAAGCAGUCGCUGGAGGAGCUGGGGCCCAUCUACCAGCUCAUCGUGCAGAUCAAGGGCAGCGUGGAGGACAUCCCGGUCAUGCUGGUGGGCAACAAGUGCGAUGAGACGCAGCGAGAGGUGGACACCCGUGAGGCCCAGGCGGUGGCCCAGCAGUGGAAGUGCGCCUUCAUGGAGACGUCGGCCAAGAUGAACUACAAUGUCAAGGAGCUCUUCCAGGAGCUGCUCACGCUGGAGACACGCCGGAACAUGAGCCUCAACAUCGACGGAAAGCGCUCCAGCAAACAGAAGAGGACAGACCGCAUCAAGGGCAAAUGUGUCCUCAUGUGAGCCUGGGAUGCCCCCCUGCAGACAGCCCCUGUCCUGGCCCCUGUUCCGGCCCCACGCCACCCCCACACCAUCCUGCAGCCACUGCCUUCUCCUCUCUCCCCAUCUUCCUAAUUCCCUUCCUCUCUCUCCUUUUCACGUCCACUUCUCUGCCAUCAGCCAACAUCCCCGAUGGGGACACUGAGGCCCUGGUGAGCCCUGCAGGUCUGGGGCUCCGUCCUUCUGCCUUCUGCUCUGUCUCUCUGCCCCCACUCCUGUCUGUGACCCCCCAAAGCCAAGUGCUAGAAAUGGCCCCCUUGAUCGGCACAUGGGAAAGUGGGGAAGCUGUCUGUCCCUGUGGGGACCGAGGACACUGGAUUUUCCCACCUCUGCCUGUCUCUGUUCCUCCCAGGACCCCCAUUUCUGGUCCUUUCCUUUGGGUGCCCCCAGCCAGACCUGUGCCGCCCUACCCAUUAGAUCACUGUGACCUUGCUGGGAGGGACAAGUGGAAAUGCACAGGAACCUUACAUUUUGUUUUCUCCUACUUGGUGUUUAACAUACACUCCUACUCCCCACCUCCGUCCUUCAUGACCUCUGGCCUGUGCUCCCUGUCCCAGGUCCUUGACCAUGUCUCUCUCCACAGUUGGGGGGGAGUGGCUUGCAGGAUGGACCUCAGGCCAUCAGGCAAUAACCACAGGGCUUGUGGCCGUGCCCUGCCAGCCCAGAACCCCACUCCUCUCCCAGCCUGGGCCUGGGGUGCAGGCAAGGGAGGCCCAGGACUGGCUGAUGGCCACAGCACAACUCGGGGACUGCCAGGUGUAAAAAUGGGGGGGCUUUUCUGGACACGGCCUACAGAGAUUGGCACAGCGCAUCACCACUGAGCCCUAGGCAGGGGUCUGGGAUGCUGGGUGGGUGCCUAGGGCUCUGUCCAGAGGGGUAAGGCAGAACCCUGCCUAGCCCACUUCCUCCCACCACCUGUACCCCGGAGAGGGGGACCCCAGGAAGGCUUGUGUCUUGCAGUUGGGGUGUCUCUGCAACCGUGAGAUUCUGAGCGUUUUGGUGUACGAGUCUAGGUAUCUCCACACUCUUGGGACUGUGUCUGACGAUGACAGGCUAGGGUUGGGGAGUGACCAUGGGAUGGUGCAUUUGUGCAAAUUGCUGUGUAGGGGCCAAGGUGUCUAUAUAUGUGUCUGUGUGUGCCUGUGUGUCUGUGUGUGCCUGUGUGUCUGUGUGUGUGUGUGCCUCUCACUGGGGUGGAACGUGCAUGUGGCAGUCUGUAUAUUUAAUAACAUAGGAGCGGGUGGUGGCGUUGUUUACAGGUCAGGGUAUUUGUGAUGUAACAGCAUGAGUGUGGCUGUAAGUGCCUGUGUUUUCGGGACUGAGUGACGUGAUUUAUUGGGGAGAAUCUGUGAACCUGUCUUGUUCUCACUGUGUCUUACGCUAUAGCAAGGUGACUCUCAGCUAAAAAAACAAACAAAAAAAACACCUGUAUCAGUCAGCUACUUCUACAUAACAAAUGACCACAAACUCAGCAACUUGAAACUAUACACAUUUAUCAUCUCCCAGGCCUGGCUUAGCUGGGCCUUCUGUUCGGGGUCUUCUGAGGCUAGAUCAGAGAGCUGCGCAGGCCUCAGUCUCCUCUGGAGGCCUGCCUGGGAAGCACCCGCUCCCAGCUCCAUGCUCCUCUGCAGCUGGCAGUUCCCUGCAGCUGCAGGACCCAGCACCUCAGCUGCUCACUGGCUGUUGACGGGAGUUGCCCUCAUGUUCUUGCCCCACGGGCAUCUCCCUGGGCCUCUUGCAGCAUUGGGUGCCAGAAAGCUGUAUGUGUGUAUGCUUGUGUGCUUGUGUGCACUCUGAGACUGAACUGUGUGUGAGAGAGAGAGAGAGAGAGAGAGAGAGAGAGAGAGAGAGAGAGACCACAUAGGACUAUUGAGAGACUGUUUGUGUCCAACUUAAUGAAAGAGUGUUUAUUGUUCACGUGACUGCUUACUCCAAAAUGCUAUGGGACACACUAUGAGAGAGAGGGAGUGUGUAUGUGCGUGUGCGUGUGUGUGUGUGUGUGUGUGUGUGUGUGUGUGUGUGUGCAAGCACACACCUGUGACUGCCAGGCACAUGGAUGAGCCCACGGAAGAAUUGGUGGCAUUCUGUCUGAUCACAGCUGAGUCUCCUUAUCCUGUGGUAGGUCCAGGGCCCACCAACAGCUGGUGUUGCUCCCUCCUCUGCCCCAGGAGUGGUUCCUGGGCCUUGAAGGUGCCUGAGUGGGUGAGGCUGGGCACUGGGUCUGCGGCCCUUUCUCAGGGACACACCCUGAUAGCACAAUCUCCCUGGGGCCCCGCCCCUCCAGGCUUCUCCUGCCUCAGGCCCUGCCCUGCCCCUGGGGUCUGAGAGGCUCUGCGGCAGGAGGGGCAGAGCCUGCCCAGGCUAUCGGCCUGUCCUGCCUGGGUGUCCUUGAGUCUGGGGACCAUGCCAGGCCAUGCUUGCUGUAAUCCUGUUUCUGCCCGUUCUCCCCCUGCAUGUGUACCCCCACCCCCAUUGUGGGGUCUGUGUAGUAUUCGCUCUAGAAAUAGUCUUUCCUGCAAUAAAGAAGUGGAUCCUA